GAAACGAAAAAAAAAUCUUCGUUCGUAUUCCAAACGCGAGUAGAAAUAAUAUAUUCUGUUUUUGGAACUGCUAAGUAUCAAUUUAAGAAAAAAUGUGCUGCGGUCCUUGCGGAAGUGUUUCAUAUGCCCUUGCCUAUGGUCCUGUCGGACCCGCUUUGCCUGCGAUGAACUACAAUAACUGCUGUUGCGGUCCUUGCCCACCCUGUGGUCCCUGGACUUGUCCACCAAAUAGAUGCUGCUGCUGCGGAGAAUGCGGCUGCUUUGGUCCCUUCUAUUAGUCGCAUAAAUAUACAUACUAGACAUAAACAAUCAUAAUCAUAAUCAAUGCUAAGUUCAGUUGCGUAGGAAUACGACGAACAUUUUUUUUCCGGUCGUUUUGUAAGUGGUUUGGUAAAUAAAAUUGUUGAAAAUGUA